CUAAGAUGGCACGAAACUGGAUUCUAGUUCUCUCUCUUCCUCUUCUGGUCGUCCUUCUGGGCUCUCUCCUUUCUCAUGCCGAGGGCGUUGACACGGCGAAAGCAACCACCCCUCCACGCCUGCCCAUCGCUGUGGAAGGCGUCAUCUACUGCAGGUCAUGCAAGCUCCCCGGCUACGUUGAGUCCAUGGAUGCCUCUCCUCUUCCUGGUGCUGUUGCAUGGUUACGUUGCAAUAGUAGCGCACCUGGUGUGACAGUGAAGGGAACAACAGAUAAAAAUGGCUAUUUCUUGAUCCAAACAAACGCGGUGACGAACUAUGGAGCGCACAAGUGCCGAGUAUUCCUCGGAUCGUCGCCGUUAUCAUACUGCAAUGUGCCGGUGUAUCCUGCAGACCAAAGGUCUGGGGCUCCCCUAAAGUUUGAGAGGAUCAUAAAGCUGGGUUCUGGCCAACGAGCACUCUACACUGCGGGGGCUUUCGCAUUUGCUCCUGCCAAAGGGAGCUCUUGUCCCCGUAGGCCUUGAGGGAUCUGCCAUCGGGCCUCGAGAUAGGAUGUUAUGCCGAUAAAAAACUAUAGAAGCAACGGUCUCUUGGAUUAAUAAGAGUUCGAUAUGUCAUCGAACCAGUCAAAUGUA